AUGUCGAACCCCCGUGUUGAAGAAAUCGUUGACGACAAGCCCGAGCAGCAGGUCGAGGUUGAUGACAGCUCCUCCGACUCUGAGGGUGAGGAGGGUGGUAUCCCCGCCGGCUCUUCCGUCACCGUCCACUCGCGCAACGAGAAGAAGGCCCGCAAGGCCAUUGCUAAGCUCGGCUUGAAGAAGAUUGAGGGCAUCACUCGCGUCACCCUCCGCAGACCUAAGAACAUCCUCUUCGUCAUCAGCCAGCCCGAUGUCUACAAGUCCCCCAACUCCAACACCUACAUCAUCUUCGGUGAGGCCAAGAUCGAGGACCUGAACUCGCAAGCCCAGGCUGCCGCUGCCCAGCAGCUCUCCCAGCAGGAGGACUCCGCCGAGCACACCCACGACCGCUCCGACAAGGGCAAGGCCCCCGAGGUUGAGGCCAAGAAGGAGGAGGAAGAGGAGGAUGACGGUGAGGAGGUUGACGAGACCGGUCUCGAGGCCAAGGACAUUGAGCUUGUCAUGGCCCAGGCUUCCGUCAGCAGAAAGAAGGCCGUCAAGGCCCUCAAGGAGAACGACAACGACAUUGUCAACUCCAUCAUGGCCCUCAGCAUAUAGAUGCAGUCCAGCAUCUGUCUUUGAAACAGACAUGAUUGACGCUCUGAUCAAAACUAAACACUUUAUAUAAAAAAGUUCCAAUCAACGAAUGGAUUUUCUCGUUGCAUCC